AUGCAGGCAUCACUACUUGGCCAAUAUCGACACGACAUCGGUGCUGCCUCUGCAAGGAGAAAAUGGCGUCUACAACGAAAUCCAAAAGCUGAGUACCUGCUGAGUGGACCAAUGGCUGGAAUUCGACAUAUUCUACCUGUAGAGUGGGAACAACAAACAUCGGCUACAAUUAUUGCUUCACCGUUGUCCUGCAAGCAGAAGGUGUUAGCCGAAGAUGCCUGUCUGUUUCGAACAAGGGUAAUGGUAAACCUCAAUCCAAGCCCAACAUGGACAUGGGAGUUUGCUUUUCGAACUCAUAGAUCAGAUCAAGUGCUGUUUUCUUUGCAAACCAUUAACUCUGAAGGCAUUCAAAUCAGGCUGGAUAGGGAUUUUUUCCUGCGCGUUGACUCCGGAAAACCCAUCCCAAUAUGCCAGCUUUCUGAUGGACGAUGGCAUACGAUGAGCAUACUAUCUGAGGCGGGA